CCUCCGAAGCCGCCCAGAGACCGGGCCACAGCGCUUUGGAGGACUUGGGUCAGCUCUGCGAAGGGGGUGUCUGCCCAGCGCUUCCUGGAUCCACAGCCCCCCGGGGUUGGGCAGGGGGUCUGGGCAGGGCUGCAGCAGCUACAGCCAAGGCUUGGGAAGGCCCUCGUGGGCUGGGAGGAGCUACAGAGGCCCCUGCCAGCCUGUCGCAGGCUCUCAGUGCUGACAUUGGCUCUGGCUUUCACACACACACACACACACACACACUUAUACACACUCGCACACACUGGCAGGCACCCCCUUGGUGGCCUCCACGGUCUCACCUUCAGGCUCAAAGCUGGCUCCGUUGGGGACACAGUGACAUGAAAGGCACACCACAGACCCACCUCCUGGCCUUCUCCUUCCUCGGCCUCCUCUCUAAGGUGUGUGCCCAGCUGUGCCCAAUGCCGUGUACCUGCCCCUGGACGCCGCCCCAAUGCCCACCGGGGGUGCCCCUGGUGCUGGACGGCUGCAACUGCUGCCGGGUAUGUGCACGGCGGCUCGGGGAACCCUGCGACCACCUCCACGUCUGUGACUCCAGCCAGGGCCUGGUGUGCCAGCUCGGGGCGGGCCCUGGAGGCCAGGGGGCCGUGUGCCUCUGUAAGCAGGGUGCCAACCCUUCUUUCUUCCCCCCAGGACCCCCGGCUGCUGGCCUUGUCGCUCUCCCGCCUCCUGGGGCGCCCUGCCCAGAAUGGAGCACAGCCUGGGGCCCCUGCUCAACCACCUGCGGGCUCGGCGUGACCACUCGCGUGUCCAACCAGAACCGCUUCUGUAGACUGGAGACCCAGCGCCGCCUGUGCCUGCUUGGGCCCUGCCCACCUGCCAGGGGCCACAACCCCCUCCUCAGUGCCUUUUAGAGCCGGCCCAGCGGGCAGCCAUCCAGCUCCGGUGCUCCCUCUGGGCCCUGGAGGACAAGAAUGUCACAGCAGCCUGGGUCCCCUGGACCCUGAGAUAGACCGGGGAUGCAUGCCUUCGUCCUGUCCCCUCUAACUCCCAGCCCUGGUUUGGGGGGCGGGGGCGGGGGGAGGACCAGUUUCUAGGGUCUUCUGCUCCAUUCCCAGCCUGCACACAGUCUUUAUCCAAGGUGCACGGGGCUAGCUUGUCAGGAGAUGGGGCGGCCAUCUCUGCUUAACCAUCAGGCUCAGGCAGGUGCUGGGCUGCACUGGCCAUUUUCCUGGGGUGUGGGAAGAGGGCACAGAUCUGAAUCUCCUGCAUCCUCUCCUGUGGUGAUGCAGACACCUCCCUGUGCCUGCGCCUGUGCAGGAAGCUGGGUGUGGGGCGCUGUCUGAGAAACCUUCCCAUCCCGGGCAGAAUUCAGGGGCCGAAUGCUUUGUGAAAAUCGCAAGACGAAAUCAUGUCUUAGGAAGGUCCGUCACACUCAGCUUGCAUCGUGAGCAGCACCUUCACUGCGCGCCUGCGUGCCGGCGCUGAGCUAGGCACUCCGCAGAGACCCGCGCUUCGCAAUAUUUUGGAUUCAAGCAAAGCAGGGGAGCGUGUCCUCCGGGGACUGGGGAACAUGGUCUGAAAUAAACCAGCCCACGUGUGAAGUUCUGUUCGAA